ACCAUCUCAACCAAAUCCAUCGCCAGAGCUUUGUUUUUAGACUUAUUCCGAGCUACUUCUUCAUUCUCUUCUGCAAGUCAAUUAGAGAGCAUCACGUCAACCCUUGCCCUGUCUCUAUUCGCCUCUUAUCUGCCCUCUCUGAGCUACAACCAGAGCUUCUAGCUCGGACCCGCUGUCAAAAUGGUUUUGGAAGCGACGAUGGUUAUUGUCGAUAAUAGCGAGCCUAGCAGAAAUGGUGACUACACUGCUACACGAUGGCAAGCGCAGAUCGACGCCGUUGGCGUUAUUGUCAAUGCAAAGAUUCGGGCGAAUCCCCAGUCUGCUGUCGGUCUCAUGAGUAUGGGUGGUAACGGACCAGAAGUUCUUUCGACUUUCACCGACGAUUUCGGCAAGAUCUUAUCAGGACUGCACCGAACCAAGAUUCACGGAAAAGCACAUCUCGCAUCUAGUAUACAGGUCGCCGGGUUAGCUCUAAAGCACCGUUCGGAGAAAGCCCAAAGGCAACGAAUAAUCGUCUUCUCGUGUGCUCCCGUAACGGAAGACGAAAAGACGCUUAUCAAAUUAGCCAAGCGAAUGAAGAAGAACAACGUAUCUAUCGAUGUCGUGGCAUUCGGGGAUCUGGAUUCAGACACGACUAAGAAAUUAGAAGCAUUCGUCGAAAACGUCAAGGGAGGUGACGGUUCGCACUUAGCUAUUAUCCCUCCCGGCCCGAAUCUACUCAGCGAGGAGCUCCAGGUUACUCCUAUCAUGGGCGGCGAACCCGGUGCGGGUGUCGGUGGUGGAGACGAAGGUGGUGAUGGAUUCGGAUUCGAGGACGCCGCGGAGAACGAUCCCGAGCUCGCUUUUGCCCUGCGAUUGUCGCUGGAGGAGGAGAAGAACAGACAGGAGAAGGAAAGGCGAGAACGUGAAGAACAGGAAGGUAAAUCUUCGUUGGAGAAUAUUCCCGAAGAGUCCAAAGACGGGGGCGAGUCAUCCAAAGAUAAUGAUAAGAUGGACACAGCGUAGGUUUGUUCUUACGGAGACGCAGUACGCAUUCGUCAGCUGCAUGUCUUAGGACUUACUGAGCGUUAUUAGUCCUAGCACACAUGAAUGUAACCUUAGAUAGUAUACAUCGAUGAGAUUUCCUCCUCACGGCAUGCGCCGAUGUCAGAAUUUAUGUAUUAUUCUCUAAAUGGGGACGUUUUAUAACAUGUUAUGCUCUCCCCCGUAGCCACGUGCCCAAAUGCCGAUCAAAAGCCUCACAUCGCACCGGCAUCUCCAACUGGUAAAACGGAUUCUUCAUCACAUAAUCUGCAUAUAAUUCGUAUACUUUUUUCAUGACUGUGUCAAUAUUGGUCAUUAAUGGAUCCGUGAAAAGGAGAAAUUUCGUGCCCGUCUGAGUCUGGAAGCAGGUCAAGCGAAAGCGAUCGGUUUCAAGGACCUCGAUUCCAGAUUUCGGUUGGCCGGGUUCUGGUAGUGACCAGCUCGAGGAUACGUUGGGUGCGGUAGGCGUUGAUGAUGAGGUUGUGGUAUUGGUCGUGGGUAUUCGGGGG